GGAGGAGACGCGUCUAAAGAUACAAUAAGUUUUGGUCUUCUCUCAUCCCAUAGUCUCCAGACUCUCCACGCACUUGCCGCAAUCUCCACACGCCGAAGUCAUGUCCAGCCUCCCCUCUUUAGCUAACGUCAAGCUCGACCACGAUGGCGAAAGCCUCUGGCCUAACAUACUCAGCGCAGAACAAGCCGCUCUGAGGGCAGCUCCGACGAAGCCUCGCGCAGAGUGCAACGACCCGCUCAUUGGCAUUCGCGUUCUGGGAUUCUUGUUGCAGGAUCUUUGGCAACAUGACCAGCACUCCUUUGGCCUUAUUCCGUACAAAAGACUCGUCAAAGAGAUCGCCUCCUGCCUGUCAAUCUCCGGUCAGAUCAUCCCCGGUCAGAGCGAGGAAGAGGCUGAAGCGCAGUAUGUGAAACUCCAGAACCUGGGAUUGCAUUAUCGUAAUCACCUCAUCCGCGUUUUUUGUUCAAAUGGCAGUCCGAUCCCCGAAUGCUCCGAUCCCCCUUCUCCUCCAUCUCUGGACGUCGUUCGCGACAGGAUAUUGGGCGGGAUGAAGACCCCAACAACAGCGGGCGGUGCGCGUCAGAUUGGAUUCCUGCGGGAUGGAUAUUGCUGUAUGCUGACCGGGCAUUACGAUCUCGUUUCCGCCCUUCGUUACCCUGAGGUAAAGGAUCGUGCUGCCGCUGACGGUGUGAUCAAAACAGUUACGCAUUGUGCCGAUAUCUUUUCCGAGGCCGCGCAGGAUGGCGAGCAGAAGGCCAACUACGGAGCCAGCGUGUCAGCAGUUCUCCGAAUGUUUGGGCUUGACAAUGCGGCUGAGAACCUUGUGGGCCUCAACGUUCAUAAGCCUUUCAACGCCAUCACGAUGCGGGGCGAUCUACACACUCUUUACGACCUCCUGAAUUUUUCGCUCGAAGAAGUUAAAGGGGAGAAAGACAAGUACGAGAUCGUUUCUAUCAGAAACGAGGUAUUUGGGAUGGGGAUACCUAUUCCCCAGUUCGUCACCUUCCGGGUCGAUCCCGCCGUGAUAGCAACCUGCGAAAUGAAGCAAAUCGAUCCCCCUGCGCUGCCUUCACCCUCUCUCCUCGCCAUACGCGCUGCCUUUUCGCGUGUUGCGCACAUGUCGGGGGCCGCUGAGCAGGUCGACCAAAUUCUGCGUGAUCUGGAGGAUACGCCUGUGAUGGCAGAGGACGGCGGCAGUGCUCAUCUUCUCGAGUCGCGCCUGCUGCAGUUGUCGUGUGCUGUUUCUAUUGAGGCCUAGCAGCCCCAGGAGGUCCCUCUUCUCAUUUCCAUCGCGUCUACGACUGCAUAGAAUGAUUAUCGAAACAAUCUUCGUCGCAGAAUUUUGAAGA